AUGGACGAAAAUAUUCCUCCCGAAAAUGUCAGCGAGGACAGGAACGGCGAAAGCGGGAGAAUUGAGGCGUCUCAAUUGGAAAAGUCAGUCAAUGAACACCCCGAGGAGCUGGAUAAAGUGAUGCAAGCACUAUCACGACGCUCUACCGAGCACGGCGCACCCGAAAACCCAUUUGACCCAUCUGAGCCUGGGUGGAAACUCGAACAGGCCCUCAAAGCAGCGGUUGCACGGUCCAAGGACGAAGGCUCGUCCCCGAAUCUGUUGAAGUCUUCCGUGCGCUGGAGCAAUCUCAAUGUGUUUGGGAAAGACAUGCAGACACAAGCCCAGUCGACUGUUUCUUCCUUUUUCUCGGACUGCUUCCGUGCCGUCACCAGUGUCUUUCGUCGCAGCCCCGACAGAAUUAUCUUGAAGGAUUUUGACGGACUACUAAAGGAAGGCGAGAUGCUGCUGGUAUUGGGUCUGCCUGGGAGUGGGUGCUCGACGUUGUUAAGAGCUCUUUCAGGCUAUCACGAGGGCCUGUCUAAGUAUCAUGGUGAUAUCACUUAUAGUGGUGUCCCGGUGGACGUCAUCAAGAAGGACUUUCGCGGGAAGGUCGUGCUCAACGAGGAGAACGAGAGCCACUUUCCCCAUCUCACAGUUGCCCAAACGCUCGACUUUGCCAUCAAGACCAAGACCCCGCGAAAGCGAAUUGGUGGUGUCUCUCGCCAGCAGUAUAUUGAAACCAUGAGGAAUAUCCUUGGGGCGACAUUCGGCCUGACACAUACCUUCCAAACCCGCGUGGGAAAUGAUUAUAUUCGAGGUGUUUCCGGGGGCGAGAGAAGAAGGGUAUCUCUUGCUGAAAUGCUUGCAACUUGUCCCUCGGUAACCUACUGGGAUAAUCCUACCCGAGGAUUGGACUCCUCGACAUCUUUCGAAUUUGUCAGUGCUCUUCGUGCAGCUACGAAUCUCACCCACACCGUGGCAGUGGCGGCUCUGUAUCAACCAGGAGAUUCAUUAGUCGAACUCUUUGAUAAGGUGGUCAUCCUCUAUGAGGGUGAGCAGAUCUUCUUUGGAGACAUAGCUGCUGCCAAAGAGCACUUCCAGGAACUGGGCUUUGUCUUUCAUCCACGCCAAACAACAGCAGAGUUCCUACUUUCCAUGACAGAUCCGGAGUCUAGAAAGAUUCGUGAAGGAUAUGAGGAUACUGCUCCGAGUGCUGCCUCAGAGUUCGCCUUUCUCUGGAAAGCUAGCAAGUAUCGUAAGCGACUUCUGCUUGAACAACAUCGACAUGGGAAUGAGUAUCCACACGGCUUCCCCGAGAGCUUUGAGUCCUUCAAAAAAACUCAAAAUGCGGAGAAGGCGCCGCUGAACAGAAGCAAGUCUCCAUACACGAUCAAUUGGGCCAUGCAGUUCUGCGCCACAUAUCUUCGGUCCUGUCAAAGAGUCAUCUCCGACAAAGCUUAUACUCUCUCUGUCGUCGUCACGAUGGGGAUUGUCGCGCUCCUGAUUGGGUCUAUGUUCUAUGAUAUCCCCGACGACACGAGUGGAUUUUUUUCCAAGGGUGGCUGUGUCUUCUUCUCGGUCCUGUUCAACAUUCUGGUGAACUUUGUCGAAAUCAGCGCUCAGUUUUCUCAAAGACAGAUCGUGGCAAAACACAAGUCUUACGCCAUGUAUCAUCCGUCCAUCGACGCGCUAGCCUCCAUGAUAGCUCAGUAUCCGAUCAAAUUCAUCAACGUUGCUGUCUUCAGUGUUGUGGUAUAUUUCAUGGUUGGGUUCAAGCGAGAGCCGGGUGCCUUCUUUGUCUUUCUGUUGUUUACCUUUCUCGCCUCCGUCACCUUGAGUGCUUUGUUCCGGACCAUUGCUGCCCUCGUCAACAGGGUGGAGAUCGCCCUCGCAAUCGCUGGAAUCAUCCUGCUGGUUCUGAGUAUAUACGCGGGCUACGUCAUUCCACAACCCUCGAUGCAUCCCUGGUUUAAAUGGCUCAGUUAUAUCAACCCCGUGUACUACGCUGUCGAGUCGCUCAUGGUCAUGGAGUUUCACAACCGCAAGUCACCCUGUGCGACCCUCGUACCAUCAGGUCCUGGAUAUGAAAACGUCGGCAUUUUGAACCAGGUUUGUGCUUCCGAGGGCGCCGUGCCCGGGGAGAUGUAUGUUUCAGGCGAUGCCUAUGUGGAAACCUCAUUCGCCUAUUCCUAUUCUCACCUGUGGAGAAACCUAGGUAUAAGCAUCGGAUUUUUUGUUUUCUUCUUUAUCACUUACGCCGCCGCUGCUGAGUUUAAGAACCCGCCGGCACUGAAGGGCAGCCAGCUUCUGUUCCAAAACAAGCGAGACGCACGGCGUGUAUAUCGGCCUGACACUAUCAUAGACCCAGAGGAAUCAUCGGGAGACGGAGAUAUUGAUCUACCUGUACCACACGAUGAUACAUUGAUGCACCACCUGAGACCUAGCGAGGGUGUCUUUACCUGGCAAGGAGUAACAUAUGAUAUCGAGGUCAAAGACGAAAGUCGCCGCCUUCUUGCCGACGUGCAGGGAUAUGUUAAACCGGGAGCAAUGACCGCUCUCAUGGGAGAGUCGGGCGCUGGAAAGACCACCUUGCUCAAUAUUCUGGCACAAAGAGUUUCCACCGGUGUAAUAUCAGGCGAUAUGCUGGUCAAUGGCCGUCGUCUCGGACAGUCUUUCCAGCGAGGAACAGGGUACGUUCAACAGCAAGACGUCCACUUUGAAGAAGCCACUGUGAGGGAAGCAUUCCGUUUCUCAGCAUUGCUUCGCCAGCCCCGGGAUGUUCCUCUAGAAGAGAAAUAUGCGUAUGUCGAGAAAGUGAUUGAUGCCCUUGGGAUGCACGAAUUUGCAGGAGCUGUUAUCGGUACUCCUGGACGGGGGUUAAGUGCCGAACAGCGCAAACGAACCACAAUAGGGCUGGAGCUGGUGGCUAGGCCAAGCAUUUUGCUCUUCCUUGAUGAACCUACGUCUGGGUUAGAUUCUAGAUCUGCUAUGUCAAUCGUUAAGUUGCUUCGCAGCCUAGCCAAUGCUGGUCAAGCGAUUCUCUGCACGAUACAUCAGCCAUCGUCAAUGCUAUUUGAGGAGUUUGACCGACUCCUCUUGCUCGUGAAAGGCGGGAAAACCGCUUACUUCGGCGAGGUUGGCCAGAAUUCAAGCACCGUGAUCAACUACUUUGCACGAAACGGCGGAUAUCCAUGUCCCGAGAAUGCGAACCCUGCAGAGUACAUCCUUGAUGUGGUUGGUGCAGGCGCAGCCGCGCGCUCAUCGCAGGACUGGGCAGAGACGUGGAAGAGCAGCCCUGAAGCACUACGGAACAUGAACGAAAUCCAAUCCCUUGUCAAAGCGAAGGGCCAAGUCACGAUCGUGUCUGAUGACGAACCCGAUAUCUCCCAAGCCAUCUACGCCUUGCCAUGGACUGGGCAGUAUGUUGCUGUGCAGAAACGUCUGUUUACGCAGUACUGGAGAAGCCCAGUCUACGUUGUUAGCAAGGUGGCAAUCAACACAAUCGGCGGUCUAUUCUUAGGGUUCACCUUCUUCAAACAAGACCCCUCGGUUGCAGGCCUAAAGAAUUCACUUUUCUCAAUCUUCAUGCUUCUCCUUCUCUCGUUGGUGAUUCUCGUUCAGCUUCAACCGCGACUUAUACAAUACCGAAACCUCUACGAGGUCCGAGAGAAGCAUUCCAGGAUGUACAGCUGGACUGCCUUCAUCACCGCCAGCAUCGUGACCGAAAUCCCGUACAAUCUAGUCAUUGCCUCUGUGUGCUUUAUCUGCUGGUAUUUCCCUGUCGGCUGGUGGCGAACCAUCACAGAGGGUAGAGGAGCAUUCAUGUGGUUGAUAUUCAUGGUCUUCCAAUUAUACCACACAAGCUUCUCGCAGGCGGUCGCAAUCGCCGCCCCGGAUGCCGAGACAGCCUCAAUGGUCACAAUAUUGUUUUACACAUUCAUCUUCGCCUUCACGGGUGUUGUACAACCGUUGUCUAAUCUCGUCGGGUUCUGGCACUUUGCGUACUAUGUCUCCCCGUUCACGUAUACGGUCGCGUCGAUGAUGAGCAGCAUGAGCCACGACAUUCCCGUCCAAUGCUCGGAGAAGGAACUCAACCUUUUCAAUCCGCCCAGUGGCAUGACCUGUGAAGAAUAUGCCGGAUCGUUUGUGAAAGCGUCCAUGGCGUCUUUAUCCAAUCCUAACGCCACCGAGAACUGCGAAUUCUGUCAAUACGCAGUAUCGGAUUUGUUCCUGGAGGGUUUCAACAUUCGGUAUUCGGAACGAUGGCAUCAUUUCGGGUAUUUGUGGGCUUUUAUCGCGUUUAAUGUCUGUUUGUUCUUUGGUAUUUAUUAUCUUGUUUUCCAGGGUGGAGGCACCAAAAUCGGUCGGGUGUUUUCCCGUCUUGUGUCCAGGAAGCCGAAAGCCAAGUCUGUGGAUUAA